UUCCCACUGCUUCUUUGUACAAAUCAGACUUGUGCAAAAACAACUCUUUUUCCAUAGGAUCAGUUAUAAAAAGAACUGCAAUGAAAUGAGCAGCUUAUUUUCUCAGUCUCAUCAAAGACUUGCAAACGUUCUGGAAAGAGUGUUGGCUGGCUUGUUCAUUUCUAUUGGGACAAUCAUUGUGUUUCUGCAGGACCAAAGUAGCAGACUGGCUAGUGAAGGUUCUAACAGACCUGCAUAAUUCCAGCAAGCUGAGUCCUUCCGCUGGCCUCCGGUGCUGCUGCCUGCACUGCAGAAGGGAGCUGGUACCCAGACGGGAACAAGGACCAGACUAGUAGGACUUCUGCACACAUCGACUCCUCAAGAUACAUUAAUAUUUAUUUGAAGUGUAUUAUUUAGAGAUCCAUGGAUACCUUCUUGAAAUUUCUUAAAAUUAUUAAGAAAAAAACCCCCAACUAUUAAUUAAAAUACACCCAAAAUGCUGUCAGAAGGGUAUCUCAGUGGACUUGCCUACUGGAAUGACAUCUACUGGAAUCACACAUCUUAUAAUGAACAGGUGGCUGGGGAAAAGGAAGAGGAGACAACUUCUGUUGCUGCUCUUUCCUAUUCCUCUGUGGAUGAAGAGGAAGUCAGAAGUCUUUACAUGAGCUGCAAAUCCUCUGGCAAGUUUAUUUCUUCACUGCACUCAAGAGAAAACCAAUGCAACAGAAGUCAGAGAGUCACAGUGCUGCAGACAAACCCUAAUCCGGUGUUUGAAAGCCCAAACUUGGCUGCAGUUGAAAUAUGUAGAGACCUCCAUAGAGGGACCUACUUGGUUCCACCUUCCUGCAAAAGCAUUUGCAAGAAUUACAAUGACUUACAUAUUGCAGGGGGACAAGUGAUGGCCGUUAACUCAGUGAUGACAGAUUUUCCCUCUGAGAGCAGUUUUGAAUGUGGUCCUUUGCUGAAGUCAUCGGAGAUUCCUUUGCCCAUGGAAGAUUCCAUUUCCACUCAGCCCAGUGACUUUCCCCAAAAGCCUAUUCAGCGGUACUCAUCGUAUUGGAAAAUAACCAGCAUCAAAGAAAAAAGCAGCCUGCAAAUGCAGAAACCUAUUUCAAAUGCAGUGCUGAAUGAGUACUUGGAGCAGAAGGUGGUGGAGUUAUAUAAGCAGUACAUCAUGGAUGCCAUGUUUCAUGACAGUUCUCCUACCCAGAUUCUGGCAUCUGAACUCAUCAUGACAAGUGUGGACCAAAUUAGUCUUCAAGUGUCUAGAGAGAAGAACCUGGAGACCUCAAAAGCUAGGGAUUUAGUCAUUAGUCGCCUAUUACAGUUGGCAUCAACUGAGAUCAGUACACCUAGUCUUCACAUUUCACAGUACAGCAAUGUGAAUCCAUAGAGAGGAUGCUUCCAUCUCUUUCAUCUACCCCAAAACAAUACUAUAUUGAUUUAUUUGGAAAAUGUGCUGGAGGGGGCUAUAAAAGGGAGUCAAAAACCUGAAAAGCAAAUGUUGGAUAGAAAUUAGGUGUGAAUAAAGAAGAAAUCUCUUAAUAUUACACAUGAUGAAGGAACGUGGGAAGAGAAAUCAUAAUGGUUUCAAAGAGAGGUUUGCACAGCAACAAAGCAAAAAUAAAAAUGAUCAAAAAAGAAAAGGUUGUGAUCCACUUAUGGGAGUAUAAAAAUCAGAAAAAAAGACAAUCCAAAUAAGAAAAAAAAAAAAACACGGCAAAACUAAAACCCCAAAAGUUUCAGGGUAGAGAGUUUAAAAAAAUAGUGUUUUCUACCCAAAUAAAUUCCUCCAAGUUGUUUCUUCUUAAGGGAAAUGGACUGCAGAAGGCUGCUAUAUUUGGGUCGAAAGACAAAUUCAAACAUUUUUUAAAAGUACAUUUGUAGCUGUUUUCUGUUUUCUGUAUCAGUAGAGCUAUUCUUUGUAAAUAUUAAAACUGUACCAAAUUGCAA